CAUUGUCUGGCCAGCAGCAGCAGCAGCAGCAGCGGCGGCGGAGAGCCGAUCUGAGCGCAGGGGAGCGGCUUCACUGUGACCCCGAUCUCCGAGAGAAAAAGCGACCUCUGUUUGGAGACCACCGGACCGGACAGGCAGCGCGGACGGCGACGUCAUUUUUUUUUUUUUCAAAGGCAGACUGUAGUUUUUGGCGGUCGGUCAGACAGACAGCAACAGUUGUCACGAUGUCUGAGAUCAGAUGAGGCGAGAGCAGCGGAGUGAACAUUGCGGCGCUGCUGUGAUCCGGGCCGGGCGGGAUAAACGUGUUGCUGCCGCGUCCCGCCUGCAAUGAUACCGCCGAGUUAACCACCUGGGACAGCGACGUGUGGUGUAACAUCUGUUUAUCAUUCUGGGCUUUCGGCGUCAUUCAGCUCAUCCGCCAUCCCCCGGUUGUGUCGAGGUUUUGUCUGCGGGUGAGGUGAAUCCGGACGUCAGGGCGGGCUCAUGUUCCGCUCAGCAGCGAAACGGGCUGUUGCGUCUGCAGAGAGCCAGAGCUGACGAGCCUGCUGAGACACACGGACAGACAGACAGACAGGCCAGAGACAGACAGGAGCGAGGGGAGGGGGGCGACAGCCUGUUUCGGCUCUCUCGACCCUUUGCGGAUCGAGCCGAGCCCCCUCCUGUUUCCGACCAGAACCCCCUACACAUUUGUCUCCCGCUUUGGAUGGGAGGAAAGCAGAGCACGGCAGGGCGGCCCCGGGGUGCUUUCCCCGGUGUCUCUACAGAUGACAGCGCGGUGCCACCAUCGGCCCACUUCGGCCACUACCGGCCGAGCGGCACCAUGGGCCUACGGAGCCGCUCGGUGAGCUCUGUGGCCGGAAUGGGCAUCGAGCACAGCCCCGCAAUGCCCUUCGGCUUCUACACCCCCAGAGGGACGGACUCGGAUCGAGCCGUAGGGGGGUCAGGGGGCACUACCGCCGCCCCCCACGGUACCGGCUACCAGGACACUGGGGGCGGAGGGCACCACACGGACGGAGUGCUCUAUCUGGGGUCCCGGGGGUCGCUGGCUGACACCUUGCCCCUGCACAUCGCACCCCGCUGGUUCAGCGCGCACAGCGGAUUCAAGUGUCCUGUCUGUUCCAAGUCUGUGGCGUCCAAUGAAAUGGAAGUUCACUUCAUCAUGUGUCUAAGCAAGCCUCGCCUCUCCUACAAUGACGAUGUGUUGGCCAGGGAUGCCGGUGAGUGUGUGAUCUGUCUAGAGGAACUGCAGCAAGGGGACACCAUAGCCAGACUGCCGUGCCUCUGCAUCUACCACAAAAGCUGUAUAGACUCAUGGUUUGAGAUCAAUCGGUCCUGCCCCGAACAUCCGUCUGACUGACUGACCCGCAGGCCCACCAUGAAUACUGUUCAAGGACAUCUCGUGGUCGUGCCGUGGAUAUCUGGACGCAGACGCAACCAAAUCUGAUUAAACAAUCAAAGCGAUCAACACUUACUUAUCCUGACAGAACUCUGUCAUCCUAACCAAGAUAAUUACUCCUUGUCAACUGAACCCAAAACAACGUGACAUCAAACCAUCGUACAUUAAAGGGCCCCUCCCGACUCUUCAGUGUGCUGAAGAGACUGCUUACCCCCCGCCGUCCCUUCCCUCCCCUCCCACUUCUCCAGGCUAGCGGUCCCUUAAAGGGCUUCAUCUGUCUCAACCCCCUUCCAACUUAAGUGACCAGUCGCCUCCCUGACAUGCUCAGGUCUCCAGCAGCUACCCCUCCAUCUUGUAUCUAAAUCCAGGCCUGUCAGUCAUUAGUGUCAAGCCCUCCCAUGGCCUUAAAUGGGGAGAGGAGAGGAAGCCGAGCAGGGAGGGGGCAAGAGGAAAGACGAAGGAAACCACACAAGCAAGAAGGAGGAGGAGGAGGAGGAGGAGGAAACCAAGGAACUGAAGCUUUCUUAGAGAUCAGACUUUUACAUGGUUUGGUGGGGAUCUCAUCUCACAACAGGACUCUCAUGACAGACUGGGUCUCGGUGUGCUUCUCUCUCAUAGUUCCUGCCUCAGUGCUGCGCCCUUCCUCGCCAGUUUUACUUAUAGUAAUCAAAUCAAAAAGUCCCAAAAAUGCUUCUUAGAUAUGGUUUGUGCGCACCUGGGCAGGCAGGGAGGCAGGGAGGGAUAAACAAACAAACUGCGAUGUCAGCGAGAUGGAGGGGAGUCUAAAGAUGGACUGGUGGUGGAGAGGAGUGGUCUGAGCAUGCUCACUUCUGGUUGGGAAGGAGGAAGGGGCCUGCAGUGUCGUUUACGCUCCUACUGUGUAACAUGUGUGUUUGGGAUGCUCCAGUGUCAGGCUUCACCUGGUAUGUGUAUGUACACUCUGUGUGUGUGUGUGUGUGUGUGUGUGUGUGUGUGUGUGUGUGUGUGUGUGUGUGCACGUCUGAGCUUGGAACUGUGACAACAUAGCUUUUGCUGAAGCCUAGUGUGUGUGCGUGCGUGUGUGAGUGUGUGUGUGAGACAGCAUGAAAGCUCAGUGUUGAGGGCUGACUGGGACAGUACUGUGUGUGUGUCUGUGUAUUAUAAUGUUUACAGUCUAGAUGUCCAUGUUCCCUGUGUGUGCGACUGGCAGUCCUCCCUUUACUUUGCUGAUGUUUACAGCUACAGAGAAGCGACAUGACAUAUUGUAAAUUACGCACCUAACCUCUCUUGGUUCUUUCUUUUUAGAUCUGCCAGAUUUUUCAUGUGAUCAUGAUUAGUCAUUUCCUCGUGAGAAUCGCAAGUUUGACAGCGUGUGUGUGUCUCUGUGCAUAAUGACUGUUUGUGCAUGUGUGUUUGAGUGUGUGAUUCUAAAGGCGCCUUUUGGUCUAUGCUACUGUUGGUUCCCCACAUUGUGUUUCUGCUAGAGUAGGUCUGGCUGACAGCGACUGGAGACGCAAGCCACUCAGACCCCAAAAAGGAUUUUGUAGUCCCACUGUGGAUCCACUGGACUGGGCUUAUUUAUUCAUUUGUUGAUAUUUAACAAUAUUUGUUUAAUAUUCCGAUCAUGUGAGGUGUUACCCACUCUUCAGAAUGACAAGAGCUGAUGUAUGAAGACUUCUAAAAAUCAACAUACAAACAAACUGCAUUUACAAAGCUACUGUAAACAAAUGGUGGAAUAAAUUGUGCUAGAUGACAGA